CUCUGUUUACUCCUCUGGACCAACAACUGGAUGCUUUAGUUGAUCAUCUAUUUACUCUACAAACACACAUUUCUCCCUCCGUCAGUCCACACCACGACCACCACCACCUCCACCACCACCACCACCGUCACCUGAGCAUUAUGCGAAGGCUUCUGGAGAGCAGCUGGAUGAGGUUUGGACCGGCAGGCAGAGGGUCGUACGACUGGGUGACAGGAUCACCUUCAGCACAGGAGAAGCAGGGCUACAACUGGAAUGAGUUGGACCUGGGAGACGACAGAAAGUCGGAGCUGGCGGUCUACGUCGUCCUCCUGGUCGUCUCCGUCCUCCUGCUGGCUCUCCUGGUCGGCUUGGUCUACCGCCGGUGUUCCCGCAGCAAACUGAGUCUGGCCGACAUCAUCGCUCUGGACCUCCAGGACGCAGAGAGCAGCGCCGAGUUCCUCUCCUCCCUGACCGGGAACGCAGAGCGCCACACCAGCACCAGCUCCGAUGGAUCGGAUGGAGUCUUCGUCAUGGUCUACCUGCCUCCGCCCUACGAGGAAACGCUCACCAAGAUCACCCGGGCUGCCAGCCUCUCCAGCUCCAAAGACGUGGAGUCAGUAAAGAUAGAAGAUCUGGAGGCCAAGCUGUGUCCAGAGCUCAAGGCCAGCGGCCGAUAUGUGUGAGAAGGCGUUAAUGCUGCAGUGUAAAUAGACAUUAUAAGAACAAUAUUUCUUAAUAAUUUAUUUAGUGUUUUUAUAACUUUGUUGUCCGCGAAUUAUACUUAUGUAAAUAUCACUCAACUCUGCAGCUCUAUGGAGCUUUUUAGCCUCUUUUAGCUCAUAGUUUUGGUUUUGCGGUGCAUUUACUGUCUGGUUCAGUCUUGGCGCUCUCAUCAACCUCGUUUCCAGCAGCAGCAGCAGCAGCAGCAGCAGGCAGACAAGCUCUGAUAAACCCGCUGUUCACGAGCUGCUCAGCAACAAACGGCAGACAGACACAGUUAGAGACCAGCUGGGGAAGAAAGUGGAACAACCGGCAGCUGAAGAGCCAAACCGGAGCUAAAGGAGAGUCAACAUUGGACUUCUGUUCAUCAGGUGUUAGCUUGUUUUGGAGGUUUCAGUCGUAGUCAUCUGGACGCUGUUUUCAGAAAGAAAAAAGAAAGAAGAGUUGGUUUGAACGGGGCGUCAA